AUAAUCCGUAGUAUUCCAUAACUGAACCCCGUAACCCCAAAGUCUAUUUGAGUCGGCACAUAGGCAGAGAAUCGUUGAUUAGAAAUGGGAAGCAAAAGCGGGAAUGGCGAUAUCUUGAUGCUGGAGGCGCCCAUUGAUGCAGCACGACCUUGGGCCAGUGCUUCCAAUGCUGAGACCAUUGAUGCUUUGCCUUACAUCGACGACGACUAUGCUAAUCCUGCGGUUAAGCAAGAAGUGGAUCGCCUUGUCGAGGAAGAGAUGCGCCGAAGUUCCAAAAAACCCUCUGAUUUCCUCAAAGAUCUUCCUCCUCUUCCCAAACUUAAUUUUCAGGAUCACCCGAUGCUUGCUAGAGAAUAUGAACGAGUUAGGGCUGGGAAGCCACCAGUGCCACUAGAUACUUCUCGCUAUAUACCAGAUGCACCAUCUAUGAAUAAACAUAAUGAUGAAACAGCUUGGAAGCAAGCCCUUCAAAAAGCUCAGCGCUUGCUACAGCACCAAGAGAUAAGGCUGGAAAAUUUGGACUUAAUUUCGAAGUACGGCCCUGAAGUUUGGAAACAAUACAACCAACGACUUGAGGCUUCAUUAACAAGAUUGCAAGCUAUGGCGACCGAACACAGUGAGAAGAUUGAAACGGUUAACAGGGAAAGAAAAUAUCAUCAGCAAAAUGCUGGCAACGAGUUAAACGUUUUAUCUGCACAAUGGAGAGAGCUUUGUCUAAAGAAUAUUGAAAUUCAAGAAGCUUGUGCUAAAAAUGAAAGUCAACUUGAAGAAUACAGAAAUGAAGCUGUUGAGAGAGGCUGGAACCUGGACGUUAGCAUGGAGAAUGGUUCCUCAGUUCAUGUGUCAUACUGAGCCAGCUGAAGGCGGGUAACUGUUGGACUACCAACUCAAUCAAGUUUGGGAAAUUUCUCCUUUGAGCUGCAACCGGGCUUUGCUUUGAUGUUUUUUGAAUGCUUUACUGUAUCGUCGUAGAGAAGUGAUGCUUCACAAUGUUCUUUCUAGCUGUGGUGUCAUGUGUAAAAACAGGGCUGUUAAGUUUAAUAGGGCACAAACAUGUAAUAUUUUUGUCUCAUUAAACAGUUGUAAGUUAACCUUAAAGAAAGCUUAUUAGUACAUUUUUAUUUUGUUUUUGAGAAGGUAUACCAUAUACUAUACAAGAACUUA